UAUACGAGCACAUGAAAGACAAUUUCCAAUCCCAGCUGCAGUGGAGUCGUCGAUUCGUGCUCCAGUAAUCUCUGAGCAGCCUGGGUUCACUUCCACGGUUCCACCAAGCGCGAGCUCGCCGGCCUCACCGUCACCAAGCUGCGCGCCAUGGAGUCCGCCACGCCGGCGCCGUACGUUGUCGAGGACUGCGGCCCCAACCUACAGCUCUUCAGCGACGGCACGGUGGUCCGCUUCGACGACUACAACAUCCUCCCUCCGCUGGUGCUGCCGCCUGAACUGUCCGCCGUCCAGUGGAAGGACGUCGUCUACGACGCCGGCCGCGGCCUCAAGCUGCGGGUGUACAAGCCGCCACCGGCGGCUGCCGUCGCUGGGGGGAAGCUCCCGGUGGUCGUGUACUUCCACGGCGGCGGGUACGUCAUCGGCAGCUUCGAGAUGGAGAACUUCCACGCGUGCUGCCUCCGCCUCGCCUACGAGCUCCCCGCCGUCGUGCUCUCUGCCGACUACCGCCUCGCUCCCGAGCACCGCCUCCCUGCUGCGCACGACGACGCGACGACCGUCAUGUCAUGGGUGCGCGACCAGGCCGUGGCGACCGGGGACGCCGCCGACCCGUGGCUCGCGGAGUCAGCGGACUUCGGCCUGGUCUUCGUCUCCGGCGACUCGGCCGGCGCGGGCAUCGUCCACCACAUCGCCCUCCGUCUCGGCUCGGGCCAGGUGGCCGUCGACCCGGCGCGCGUCGCCGGGUGUGUGCUGCUCUUUCCGUUCUUCGGCGGGGAGGAGAGGACGAGGUCGGAGGCGGAGUACUCGCCGGGGCCGUUCCUGACGCUGCCGUUAUCCGACCAGGCGUGGCGCCUCGCGCUGCCGCAGGGCGCCGCGAGGGACCACCCGCUGGCCAACCCGUUCGGCCCGGAGAGCCCGGCGCUGGACGACGCCGUCGCGCUGCCGCCGCUGCUGGUGGUGGCGGCCCAGCACGACCUGCUGCGCGACCGCGACGUGGACUACGCCGCGAGGCUGAGGGCGACGGGGAAGCGGGUGGAGCUGGUGGAGUUCGAGGGGCAGCACCACGGGUUCUUCGCCGCCGAGCCGUUCGGCGACGCCGGGAGCGAGCUGGUCCGGGUCGUGAGCCGCUUCGUGUACGGCAACGCCGCCGCGUCCAAUUAUUAAAAGUCCAACCGAGCGGGAGUGGGUCGGUUGGUAGUUGGUACCGACCGCUCACUCUCGCGCUGCCACAUGAAACACGCUCGGGGCAUUCCUACCCAUACCAUAAAUUUUUCAUUAUCAACAAAAACACUAGACACUGCUAUUUUAAUACAAACAUCACUAUUUCACACUUAAAUUUAAUGCUACUUAUCUCACGUGAUCUUGAAUAUUGUAUACAAACCAUAUCUCAUGUAAGACAUGAAUUUAUUCUCUUUUUUUAUUUAUUUACUUGCCACUUUAUUUUUUAUUCUAUGUAGCAACUUAAUGUUAGGAACCCUAUCCUAAUCAUUGGUUAGGAAUUCUUUCUCAUUCCCACUUUCUACCACGUGACGCACGUCCACGGCCCACCUUGGAAGCAUGUUAGACUAUUGCAGCAAUUUCGUUCGUAUACCGCGUGGCU